AUAAUUACGAUUAAAAUCACAACCCCCGACACUCAAUUGUACUGAAAUAAUCAGAGAGUGUAUCCACCAGAAUCUCUCCCUAUCAAAAGCCAUAUGACUAAGGGGCCACCUCACACUCACACUCCAACACCACCAAACAGAACCGAUCACUCUCUCUCUCUCUCUCUCCCAUGUACGUAUUUUGUCCCAAAUGACUAUCUCAUCUCCUCCACCACCGCCUACUCUUCUUCUACCCAUCUCUCUCAUCUUUUUUCUCACUCUCCUACACUCCUACCGCCAUUAAUAACUUCUUCUUCUUCUUCUUCUUCUUCAGUCCUACGCUUUCACUACCUACCGCCACGGUGAAGCUUCCCAGCUUCCAUCCACACAACAUGACCAAAUUGGUGGUUGAGGUUCACGAUGCCAGUGACCUCAUGCCCAAAGAUGGCCAAGGCUCCGCCAGCCCCUUCGUGGAGGUAGAUUUCGAUGAGAAGCGGCAACGGACCCAAACCAAGCACAAUGACCUCAAUCCCUGCUGGAACGAGAAUCUCCUCUUCAACUUGAACAACCCCAGAGACCUCCCCAACAAGACCAUUGAUGUCGUGGUUUACCACGACGGGACAGGCGGCCACCACAAGAACUUCCUCGGCCGUCUCAGAAUCUACGGUGUCUCAGUCCCUUUCACCGAGUCUGAAGCCGCCGUCCAGCGCUACCCGCUUGACAAACGGGGCCUCUUCUCUCAUAUCAAAGGCGAUAUUUCACUCAGAAUUUACCUCAUACACGAUCCUUCUUCUGCUAAUUAUACUCCUCCACCACAAGCUACUGGUGUCGAAGUAGACAAGGACACACCCUUGCAAGAGAUCAACAUUAACAAGCUCGAAGAACAACAAGAAGAAAGCAGGGUCUACGAGGAAAAGAAGAAGAAGAAGAAGAAGGAGAAAGAAGUGAGAACCUUUCACUCUGUUGGAACCGGUACCGGCGGUCCUGCUCCUCCACCGCAACCUUCAAUGUUCUCCGGAUUUGGGUUUGAGUCCGGGCAUAUGAAGGAAAAGGCAGCAGCAGUGGAAACCAGAACCGAUUUUGCACGGGCGGCUGCAGGCCCGGCGAGUGUCAUGCACAUGCAGGCCUUUCCCAUGAGACAGAACCCAGAGUUCGCGUUAAGGGAGACUAGCCCUCCACUGGCAGCACGUCUGCGCUACCGAGGAGGGGACAAGACAAUGAGUACAUAUGAUCUAGUGGAGCAGAUGCACUACUUGUAUGUGAACGUGGUGAAGGCUAGAGAUCUUCCUGUCAUGGACAUCACAGGAAGCCUCGAUCCCUAUGUGGAAGUCAAGCUUGGGAACUACAAAGGCGUUACAAAACAGUUGGAGAAGAACCAGAAUCCGGUAUGGAAUCAGUUCUUCGCAUUUUCAAAGGACAGGUUGCAAUCUAACCUGCUGGAAGUGACUCUGAAAGAUAAGGAUACGAUUACGAAAGAUGAUUUUGUUGGGAGAAUUAGUUUUGACCUCCAGGAAGUGCCUCUUCGGUUGCCACCGGAUAGCCCCUUGGCUCCUCAGUGGUACAAAUUGGAGGACAAGAAGGGGAGCAAGGUCCAAACUGGGGAGAUUAUGCUUGCGGUUUGGAUGGGAACACAGGCUGACGAGUGCUUUCCUGAGGCAUGGCUAUCGGAUGCACACAACAUCAGCCAUGCAAACCUCUCCGAUACUCGAUCAAAGGUCUACUUUUCCCCCAGGCUAUUCUACCUUAGAGUUCAUGUAAUCGGAGCUCAGGAUCUUAUUACUUCUGAAAGAGACCGAGCUCCUCAGUCAUUCGUGAAGGUACAGAUUGGGAAUCAGAUAAGAUUCACCGCACCUUCCAUGAAGCCUGUUGCUAAUAACCCGAUUUGGGAUGACACGCUCUGGUUAGUGGUAUCGGAUCCUUUAGAAGAUCUCAUAAUCAUAUCGGUUGAGGACAGGGUGGCACCUGGCAAGGAUGAGAUCCUAGGCAGGGCAAUCAUUCCGCUUAGAGAGGUCCCAAAAAGAAUCACCGAGACCGCCAGGCUCCCGGAUGCCCGCUGGUAUAAUCUCCACAAGCCUUCUGUGGCAGCUGAAGAGGAGACCGAGAGGAAGAAAGAAAAGUUCUCGAGCAAGAUCCACGUUGGUCUCUGUGUGGAUGCAGUUUACCAUGUUCUUGAUGAGGCCACGCAUUUCAGCAGUGACCUGCAGCCCUCGUUCAUGAUGCACCUCAGAAAACCAAGCAUUGGAAUUCUUGAACUUGGGAUUCUAAGUGCCCAGAACUUGCGUCCGAUGAAGGGAAAGGAUGGUGGAACUACUGAUGCAUAUUGCGUGGCGAAGUAUGGGAACAAAUGGAUUCGAACAAGAACGCUUCUCAACACCCUGGCUCCUCGCUGGAAUGAGCAGUAUACGUGGGAGGUUUAUGACCCGUGUACUGUAAUCACCAUAAGUGUCUUCGAUAAUUGGCACGUCAAUGGAAGUAGAGAUGAUGGAGCAAGAGAUCAAAGGAUUGGGAAGGUGAGAAUUCGACUAUCGACGUUAGAAGCUGAUCGAAUUUAUACCCAUUUCUAUCCAUUGUUGGUUCUCCAACCAUCCGGUUUGAAGAACCAUGGGGAACUUCAAUUGGCGUUGAGGUUCACUUGUACCGCUUGGGUUAACAUGGUCGCUCAAUACGGAAGGCCCCUGCUUCCGAAAAUGCAUUAUAUUCAGCCCAUACCGAUUAGGUACAUUGAAUCGCUUCGGUACCAGGCAACGCAUAUUGUGGCAGCAAGGCUAGGCCGAGCAGAGCCACCGCUCCGGCGUGAAGCUGUGGAGUACAUGCUUGAUGUGGAUUACAAUAUGUGGAGUCUCAGGAGAAGCAAGGCCAACUUUUUCCGAAUAAUGGCGCUUAUCUCUGGGUUUACGGCUGUUUGUAAAUGGUUCCAAGACAUAUGUCACUGGAGAAACCCGAUAACGACAUGUCUGAUGCACUUCGUGUUCUUGCUAUUGGUUUGCUACCCAGAACUGAUCUUGCCCACGAUUUUCCUGUACUUGUUCGUGAUUGGGAUAAGGAACUAUCGGUUCAGGCAAAGAGACCCACCUCACAUGGAUGCACGGCUUUCAAGAGCAGAGUUUUCAAGCCAAGAUGAGCUGGAUGAGGAAUUCGACACAUUCCCAACGAAUAGAAAUCCAGAUAUUGUAAGGUUGAGGUAUGACCGGUUGCGGAGUGUGGCGGGUAGGGUUCAAGCAGUGGUCGGAGAUUUGGCAACACAAGGGGAAAGGGCUUUAGCGAUUCUAAGCUGGAGAGAUGCAAGGGCUACGGCGAUCUUCAUCAUCUUCUCAUUGAUAUGGGCCGUAAUUAUUUACAUUACUCCAUUCCAAGUAGUUGCAGUGCUGGUUGGGUUGUACCUGCUUCGGCAUCCCCGGUUCAGAGGCAAGCUGCCUUCCGUACCUGUCAAUUUCUUCAAGAGAUUGCCAAGCAAGUCCGAGAUGCUACUAUGAGUACUGAGCUGAUGGAGGUUAUUAUCAGUUUUUUUUUUUUCCAAAUCAUUCGUUAAUUUACUUGUUGAUUCUUGGGCACAAGAAAGACGAUGGAUCGGUGAAUAAACCCAACAGAAGCAAAAAGCAGCCAUGAUUUUUUGCUCUU